AUGGAACUGGAUCAAAGAAAAUGGAAAACGCUGAAUAUUUUGACAUACCAUCUACCACGGCAGCAGAAUUGUGCAGUCGUUGGCAACAGUGGAAUUCUACGUAACAGCUCGUGUGGCGAAGACAUUGACUCCAACGAUUUUGUUUUCCGCUGUAAUAUUCCAGAUGUUAACAAUUAUGUCAAAGACGUUGGAACCAAAACAAACGUAAAUAUUGUAUUCCAGACUACCAUGCUUGAGCUAUACAAACUGUCGUUAAAACAAUCCACUAACGAUGAGUUGUUGGAGCGGUUACGUUUUAUUAAUGACUCAAUAUUAUGGUAUCCAGAAAAUUUUCAGAGUAAGACUGUAACUAACGUCACAGCAAAGGUUGCUCUGAGUUACCUGAACACUGAAUUCAAUCUGUCAUUCCGGUUUGCUAUCACAGCCGUUCCUCUAUUCACUCACACUCUGAAACGGUUACUCAAGGUGGCACGUCCCACAACGGGAAUGAGAGCUAUCAUUGCAGCACUAAGUCUUUGUGGACAUGUGAAUGUUUAUGGAUUUUACCCAUAUGCUUUUGAUCAGAACGGCAACAACGUAUCAUAUCAUUACUACGGACCAAGUAGGAAAGUGAACGACCUCAAUACGCCACACAAUUUUUCAACAGAAUUUCAAACAUUGCAAGCUUUGCACGAGAAGAACAUUUUAAGAUUAGUCACAGAUAAAUGCAAUAAAUGA